AUGGUAGCUGGCAGGUUGCCGGGAAUGCGCUUUGUUGAGGCGUGUGGGGGGGUGUUUCAUGACAUCGCAGGGGGGCGUCACGUGUCCUUAAGCGCAGAGUGCUCGGAGCACAAAGCCCGGGGCAACUUGCAGCUGGCUGCCAAGGCGCAGCGCUGGUCUGCUAGCCUGGGGUGUCGCACAGCGACACUCUGCAUGGACCCUGUCCCCAUAGCUUGCAGGCUGUUCACCAGUUUUUUUGCAAAACGUUCACCCGCGGCAGCCUUUCUGCUCUUGUUCCGCAAAGCAGCCUGGGGCUUUUCCAUGAGUGAAUCGACUGCUCGGCGCUGUCGGAGAUGCCGCAAGCGGCUGCAAAGGUGGGCGUUCUAG